UCUUUGUAUUAGGCAGACGCAGUGUACAAGGUCGAAAAACACCAUCUGUCUCCUGGUUCUGCAUAAAGGAACAAUGUAGAAAACCAUGAACUCAGACAGGGAUUACCGUACUUGCACUGUAUUACAGCAGUGGUGCAGCGACGAUCAAGAUACCUAACGUUUCAAAAUAAGGAAGUGACGUUAAAUAUUUCUGCUAUUGUGCCUGCCUGCAGCAACUGUCUCGUAUUUUUUAUUCUAGUGAGCAGGAGCCGCGCAUGUUGCAGAUACAGUAACCGGAUCCUUCUGGGGUUAAAAAAAAAAAAAAAAAAAACUAAAUACAUACAGCUGGCUCCUUGUACCCAUUCAUGGCACAACAUUUAGAGCCAUGUCGCCAUUGGUCUUGUGCUUUCCAAGCAGACUGAGAACCAAGGAGAGUUUACAGAAAGUACUGCUCGCCUGUAAAGCUUUUUACAGCGGCACUAACAUCGGGACUUGCGGCAGCGGAUCUUUGUCAUGGCCAAAAAGCACUCGAUUGUGGCGGCGGGGGUUCGGUGCUCUUGCAGCUUGGAGAGUCGCAGAGGUCCCGGCGUUUUGUCACAGUACCCAGUACAGAACUGCCCCGCUGUGCACCAAUUCACACAGCGGUCGGGAUAUAACUAGUUCGCUCUGGGCGCUUUACAAUGAGACCAAAAAACAGACCGAAGAUGUAGUAUCGUCUGUUACGUGCAAUUUGCUGAAUCCAGAUGCCAUCUUUGCAAACAAUGAAAUGAGCCUCGAAGAUACUGAGAUCUACGGCUUCGACUAUGACUACACCUUGGCUUUCUACUCCAACCGCCUCCACACCUUGAUAUUCAACAUAGCACGAGACAUUCUUAUUGAAGAGCACAGGUACCCAGAAGGCCUUAGAGCGUAUGAAUAUAUCCCUGAUUUUGCAAUCCGGGGACUUCAUUAUGACGUACAAAAGGCUUUACUGAUGAAGAUUGAUGCCUUUCAUUACAUUCAGUUGGGAACUGUAUACAGGGGGCUGCACCCACUUUCAGAUAAAGAGGUCAUUGCUAUGUAUGAAGGCUCACAUGUACCCUUGGAACAAAUGAGUGACUUUUAUGGCAAGAGUUCCCAUGGACACACAAUGAAACAGUUCAUGGAUAUCUUCUCCUUACCAGAAAUGACCCUGCUGUCCUGUGUAAACGAUUACUUCAUGAAACACAACAUCGACUAUGAACCUGUUCACCUCUACAAAGAUGUCAAGGAGGCCAUUGGGGACGUCCAUGUGAAAGGAAUAAUGUACCGAGCUGUGGAAGCAGAUAUUGAAAAGUAUAUCUGCUAUGGUGAGCAGACCCAUGCUGUGCUGAGGAAGCUAGCAGAAAACAAGAAGAAGAUGUUUCUCAUUACGAACAGCCCCUUUGAUUUUGUUGACCGAGGGAUGAACUACAUUGUAGGAAAGGACUGGAGAGACCUUUUCGAUGUUGUCAUAGUGCAGGCGGACAAGCCUGACUUUUUCAAUGACAAGCGCAAACCGUUUCGAAGAGUAAAUCAUAAAGGGGUGCUGCUGUGGGACAGGAUUCAUCGAUUGGAAAAAGGACAGAUUUACAAACAGGGCAAUCUGUAUGAGUUCCUGAGGCUGACAGGCUGGAGAGGUUCCAAAGUGCUUUAUUUCGGAGAUCACAUCUACAGUGAUCUAGCAGACCUGACUCUGAAGCAUGGCUGGCGGACUGGGGCCAUUAUUCCCGAGCUCAGGUCAGAGAUCAAGAUCAUGAACACAGAGGAGUACGUACACCUCAUGACCUGGCUGCAGGGACUCACUGGUCUGCUGGAGCGCAUGCAGGUGCACAGAGACGCAGAAUCCCAAAUGGUUUUGAAGCAAUGGAUCCAGGAAAGAGAAGUCAUGAGAUUAAGGACGAAGAACAUCUUUAACAAUCAGUUUGGGAGCCUCUUUAGGACGUACCACAACCCCACCUACUUCUCUCGUCGUCUCUCCAGAUUUGCCGAUAUAUACAUGGCAUCUCUCAGCUGCCUGCUCAACUAUGAUCUGCACCACACCUUCUUCCCCCGGCGCAACCCCUUGCAGCACGAGGCUUCGGUCUGGUCCGACCAGGUGUGUGCCGGGACUUCGAAAACCCCCUUUCUUACCGAAAUGGCUCAGAUCAAAUAGACAAUUUAAGUGAUCUAGGAAGAGGCUUCAGGGGUUUCGAUGGAAUCUUUUAAAAGGAGAUUAUAUAAAUAGAUUUCAAGGGAAGCCUAAUUCUGUCUUUUAAGCACUUAAAAAGUAAAUAAACGAUUUAAGGUUUUAAGUCGAUUAAAGAUUAAGAUCAGAAAUGAGCUUUAAUUGAUUAACAGUGUAAAUGUAUUAAUCUUAAAGUGUUGCAGAACACCCUGUAGUGUUUACAAGAAGCACAUUGCUUUACCCUUGCAGUAUCCCAUGUUGUCCAGAUCACAGCAUUUUUUUUAUUUAUUUAUUUUACAUAUUCCCUAUAGGUUUGAUAUUUUUAUUCACACAUUAUGGGUAAAUCAACUAGGGAAUUCUUUUUUAUUCAAUUUUUUACUCAGGAACGUUUGUCAGGAGAAAGAUUAGUCUUGUAAACAUCAGUGUAUCCAGCUCAUGCUCCCUUCUGCAAUAAUGCUGGUGCUCUGAUUGAAAUGAGUGGCAUAUUGUGGGAACAGAAAACCAGCAUUGUUGCAGGAGGGAAUGUGAUCUGGAUACACUGCGAUCCUUAAAAGAGAUCAUUUUUUCUCCUGGUGAAUGCUACAGAGUAAAUGUUGAGACAUGUAUUGCCCACUUGAUUUUUUACCCUGAUGUGUGUUUACAAAUUUCAAGAGUCAGCAGUAUGUUUAAAAAUAUAACGAUGCAGUACAGACAACACGGGACACAGCAAAGGUAACGUAAUGUGUGUCUUAUAAACUUUUCAGGGUGUUCUGUAACACUUCUAUUAAAUAUAAUAAAGUAAAAUGGUACAAAAUAUGACAGUUUAAAAAGUAUGAAUUGUUUAUUGAAAUCGCUGUCUAUUAGAGCUUAAAUUCAGUUUAAAAGUUUUUGGGGUUUUUUUUACUGUUUUUUGGUGUACACUGUUAUUCAAUAUAAUAACAUAUGAUGGCACCUUGAAGAUAAGGCAGAUAAAAAAAAGUAGGAAUAAUAACUGUGGAGUUUAUAUGAAAUAAAUGGCCCAGCUGUACUUCCACUGCGAUCUUUAUACUGUUCUGCUGCUGAUUUUGAUCUCUCUCAUGCUCUUGCUACAUUCAGUAUAUAUAUAUUUUUAAUUAAGUGUAUGUUAUUGAUUUGUGUACUUAUUGUGGAGUGUUUGUAUUAUGUUAAAAAUGUGUUUGAGUGAGUUGCUUUUGGCACAAGGACACAAGCAGCAAUGUUACAUAUAAACAGAUAACAGUUUUUAAAUAUUUUCUUCGCAUGGAGAUAUGUACUGUUUUAAGCUGAUCCAGUUUGUUGAACUCAUUUCUUGAGCUUUAUUCGAAGAGAUACACACUUUGCCAAAAACCACACAUUGUAAGAUACAAGUGCAGUGUUCAAAGUCUAUUGUGGAGCAUUUCUUGUCUUAUCACUAUUACUCUAGUUUUGUUGGGAUCUAGUCAUACAUUUGCACCAUGUCCUUUUGUGGAAAUGAGGCCACUGUGUGUGUGUGUGUGUGUGUGUGUGUGUGUGUGUGUGUGGAACAUAAUGGGCAACAAGAUCGUACUGCCAUGAGCCAGAGUUCUGGUGUUGAUGCUGACACACCUGCCCCAUGCAUAACUAUACCAAAAGAAAAGUGCGAAUUGACUUCACCUGUAUUGAGUUUUGCACUAUUGUACUUCAUUGUAAGUGCAAAUGUCUGUAACUUCAUUGUGUUGGUAAUCUUGAAAAAAAGACACACAAAGCUUAACAUUCAAGUAACUGAUGUAAAUAAAAGUGGACACCUCAUUACA